CGAACAACAACCAAAUCACCUCUAAUCCUCGGAGGGAUUUUCUCAAUCAAUCGCCACAAGGAACAAAACACAUGCCCGAUUAGCGUUAUGUUUUCACAUAGAUAUAUAUAAGCAGAAUGAAUAAUACCGGCUGAAACCACACGCAUGAAAUCUUCGAAAUGGAACGGCAUUUUCUGCUAUGCGUUCUUUUUGGAUUCCUUGCAACUGUGCAUUGUGUAGACGAAAAACCUGGCUUAUGCCCUAAAGCCAAAGGUCUUGGCGCAUGUAUUGAAGAAUGUUCAGAUGACAUGAGUUGUCCGGAGCAGAAAAAAUGCUGCUCUAAUGGAUGUGGACACACCUGUCAGACUCCUAUAUUUGAAGAAGGAGUUACGAUAACUUGUGGAAACAGUCAGUAUGACCCAGUUCAUCAGCUAUGUUGCGAUGGCACCGUUCAACAGAAAGAGGGAGUGAUGACUCGAUGUUGCCGUAAACAGAGUUAUGAUGCCACUAAAUACAUGUGUUGCAACCGUAAAGUUAGCCCACGAAACGGCACGCUACCGAAAUGUUGCGGCAAUGACGGCUACGAUGCAGCAUAUUAUCUAUGCUGCAGAGGUAACAUUAUAAAGAAAUCUGGAGAGUUACCUCACUGCUGCGGUAGUGAAGCAAUUGAUGCAUCUAAGCAAUUAUGCUGUAAAGGAACGGUUCAGGAGAAAGUAGGAAAGCUACCAAGAUGUUGUGGAGCAGUAGGCUAUUGCGCUUCUAAGCAGCUUUGUUGCGGCGGAAACUUACAAGGAAGAAUCAACACUCAAAUUAAAUGUUGUAAAAAUGACAGUUACAACCCAACAAAAGAGAUGUGCUGUAAAGGGGUUGUAAGCAAGAAGAGUGGAGAUAAACCGUUAUGCUGUGGAACAGCUUCUUAUGAUGCUGUUAAAAAAAUAUGUUGCCAAAGCACUCUUCAUAAACGAGACGAUGGAGAUACGAAAUGUUGUGGAAAUGAGACAUAUGCUCAAUGUAAGUUCAUGUGCUGUAAAGGGUCAGUAGAAAAGAAAAAAGGCUUGAUACCACGAUGCUGUGGCGGUUCAGCAUAUGACGCCGCUCUUAAAUUAUGUUGUAAGGGCAAAGUUUUCAAAAAGGUCGGAACAAAACCAAGAUGUUGCAACGAUACGCUGAUCGAUGGGACCAAGCAAUUAUGCUGCGAUGGAGUUGUAAGAGGUAUGAUGGGGACAAACAGCAGAUGUUGUGGCACAAAGCGAUAUGACUCUUUAACUCAACUUUGUUGUAACGGCACGGUGAAGGCAAAGAAGGGUGAGGAUCCAAAGUGCUGUGGUCCCAAAAUGUAUGAUGCUACCACUCAUACGUGUUGUUCGGGGAGACUAGCUAAAGCUGACGGAGCAAAACCGAAAUGUUGUGGCACUAAAGCCUAUGACAGUGCUUAUCAGUUAUGUUGUGAGGACAAAGUUAAGAAUAUGAAAGGAGCCAUGUCUAAAUGUUGUGGCCGUGAAGCAUAUGACGUUGCCCACUAUCAAUGUUGUGAAGGUCGAGUAGAAAAAAGAGAGGGUGCAAAACCCACGUGCUGUGGACGUAGUGCAUAUGACGAGACUCAUUUUAUGUGUUGCAACAACAGAUUAAGAAGCAUCAAAAAGUCACUUGUUCCAAUGUGUUGUGGAAAUGUACUUAUAGACUUAACACAGUCAUUGUGCUGCGAAAAUAUAACAGUUACAAGGAAAACUAAUACAUCUGCAUGUUGCGGAGCUGAGCAAUAUGACACGGUCACACACAUUUGUUGCGAAGGAGUCGUUAAUGAACAGGAGGGUUCGAAACCACAAUGUUGUGGGUCAAAAUCAUAUGAUGCUGCGGCAGAAUUGUGUUGUCUUGGUCAAGUGCAAAAGAGAUUCGGAAAAAGUCCUGAAUGUUGUGGUACAGCUUCGUAUGAUGCAGCUCAAUCGAUGUGUUGUGAUGGUUCAGUACAGCCACGCUUUGGACUUGAGCCAAUGUGUUGUGAGUUUAUUAGUUAUGAUGCGGCAACUCAUUUAUGUUGCGUUGAUAAAGUUGUUGACAAGAUCGGUCUGGUUAGCCCAUCUUGCUGUAGAAGAGAAAGUUAUGAUGCAGUGUCUUCAAUUUGCUGUCGAGGAGAUUUGUUCCCGAGAAAGGGACUGGAGCCGAAGUGCUGUGCAGAUACUGCUUACGACAACGCGUAUACUAUCUGUUGUGCUGGCUUCCUAUUUAAUCGGACCGGAAGUGAUGUCGCCUGCUGUGACGGUGAAAUGUAUGACAAAGCUACUCACAGCUGUUGCAAUGGAAUGGUUCAAGAAAAUGUUGGGAAUAAUACAAAGUGUUGCGGUCCAUAUCCAUACAACGGUGAUACAGAACUUUGUUGCGAUGGUCGUGUGCAGCCGUUUAUGGGCUCGAACACGGAAUGUUGCGGGUGUGAUUCGUAUGAUGCCGACAAGUUUUUGUGCUGCAGUGGAGUAGUUAAGGCUAUGACUGGCGAGCUUCCACAGUGCUGUGGAACACGUGUGUUCGAUGCUAAAAUGUACGAGUGUUGUAAUGGAAUUCUCAAGAAAAGACCUCAAUAAAUAAAACAAAUGAAUUGAAUAUAAAAAAUAAAUUUCAGCUAUGAUAUCAUUGCAUGAUAUUACCCUCUCAUGGAUAAAGCGUGGCAAAAAUGUCUGUAGAAAUGCAAUUACGUGUGAUAAUUCUGAAAAAUAACAAAUUCUAAACAUUUUCUUUUUUAAUGUUUAAGACAAAUAUUUUCAUCAUUGAACUAAUUUGAAGUAAAUAAGAUUAAUUUUGUAAUUGACAGUUUGAAAUAAAGAGCAGUC